AUGAUCGACAUCUCUCGCGUCAUCGCAGGACCAACCAUCGCAAAGAUGGCAGCAUUACUGGGAGCCACAGUGAUUAGAAAAUCCUGUUCCAGUCAGCCAGACAUGGGAAGCCUAUUGGUUGACGAGAAUCUGGAGAAGAGGGAUGUCACACUUGACCUAAAAUCCGUGGAAGGCAAGAAAACUCUCAGAGACCUGCUCGCCGUUGCAGACGUUUUUCUUGAUGUUUACCGCCCCGUGGCGAUGGAGAGCCUUGGAUUUGGUCCCGAGUACGUCCAAGGACUGGCUAAAAAAAGAGGGAAGGGAAUUGUCUACGUCCGUGAGAAUUGUUGCGGUGGAAAAGGCCCUUCGCAAACUGCAGCGGCUGGCAGCAAAUAA